AUGGGAAUACCUUGUUCAAAAUAAUAGUCCUAACAUUAAAAGUUAUCUGUUUAUUAAUCUAAUGACUUUUAACUUCUAUUAGCUCAACCACCUUAAGCAUAAUAAGACUCAGAGGAGGAAAUUUAAGAACCUAAAUAAACUAAAAUUGAUGCUGCCUAAAAUUCAAUAGAAAUAAAUAAGAAACGCUAUUCUAGUAAGGAUGUAUCAGUAAUCUCUAAAUACAUUGAAAAUGAAUUAAGUAUAUAAUUUUAUAACAAUUUAAGAAAAUCAAUCAAUUAAAAUAGAAAGACUUACAAUAGAUAUGAGAGAUGCUUCUGCAAGUGGUAAAGUGGUAGGGUUUGCUUAACGCAAAGAAAUAUCUUUAGAAUAUUUCGAUGAUGCUGAAAACAACAUCUGUAAUACAGUUUAUACAAAUCCUAAAUAUAAACGUCUUAAGAGCAUGAAUGAACAUUCUAUGAUUUUAUUACAUUUGAAUGAUAAUAAAAAAUAUUCGGAUUUACUUUAUAGAGUGAUUAAUGAUUACCAUUUUAGAAUAGAAAACGAAACUGAAUUUAAUGAAAUUUUGAUGAGAUCUCAAGAUAGUUUUUUGUAAAAUCUAUUGAUUUCAGAGAAAUACAUUAAUGAAUAUGGGAUAUUUCAUAUAUUUCGAGAAACUAUGAAAUUUAGUAGGUUUGAUUUGAUAUUACAAAAUGAUUUCACAUUGAAUUCGACCUAACUUCAUUACAAUAAAUGUAGUACAAUAACCAAUAUCUCUAGUAUUUGUUGAAUUAAGUUAUUUUCCAUUAAUCCUAGCUACUUAACAUAUUUCCAUGUUUUGCUUAUAUUUUACUUAAGGGAAAUUAUAUUUUAAAAAUUUAACAAAUUCAAACGUUGAAUUAAUGAAUUUUAUAAAUUAAAUAAAGCAAUAACUUAAAUUUGAAGUAAAUUUAAAUUCACAUAAUAGAUUUCUAUAUUGUCUAUUUGUGAAUAGAACAAUUAAAUAAUAUUAACUGUAAUGAUAAAUAAUAAUGUAAUGAAAGAGAAUCAACUAUUAAAAGAAAUAAAUAGUUCUUUAUAAGAAAGAUUGGGAUUUAUAAAAUGUAUAUCAGAACCUUUGGUAAAGUACAUAGGUUGUGAACUAAGUGAUAUUGAUGCUUGGAAUAGUAGAGAAUUUAAGGAGGAUACAAAGACUGAUAGUUAAUUUUCAUAGUAGUUUGGGUGGAAGUAUAAAAAUAUAAAAUCUUAGAUUAUUUGGAUUGAAUUUAAAGUAAUAGAACAUCAAGAAUAUAGGAUAUAUAUAUUACAAUAUGAAUUAGAGUUAUAAAGAGGAAGUGAGGAUAUAUUCAUUAAGUGAAAUAAAUAGAAAAUCAGAUGAAUUCGAAAUGACUGAAAUAAAGGUUUAUUGUGAGAAGAAGUUUUAUAAAAUGCUUUUGUAAAUAAGUUAUGAGGAGGAAGAUAUAGUAAUUAGGAAGAAUGAAGUAAUUUGAAAUAUGAAAGUGAUUAGGGUUAUUUAAGGACAUUAAUAAAUUCUAAACUUACUGGUAUUAUGGUUUACGAUGCUGAGAGAUAGAUGAAGUAUUGAUUUAUUAAGAAACAACUAUUUAUUUUAUGA